AUGGAACGACCUUCAAAACGAGACGAAAUCGACGAUGUCCUGGCUGGAAUCAUGGCACGAUCACGGUCCUACGCGGCAACUGCACCAACUCACGUCGAAUCCAGUGAUGACCUUGCCUACAUUGCAGGCAGAUUACCAAGCGCUGAAGACUAUCCGCUUUGGCGUGUUGGCUGCAGGCUGGGUCUCGAGGAGGAAGCCGUGUUUUCGCUCCUGCUGAAGGCGAGGGAAGAGCAUCAAAUCUGUUCUGCGUUCACACGUGGGUCGCUGCGAGGUUGGGUCUACCUGGAGGCCCUCAUGAAUCCAAAUCUCAUCCACCUCCUUGAGCAGACACCUGGAAUCAUUCGCACCAAACAGGGCAUUGUAUGGCAUGGAAUCGAACCCUCAGAUUGGCUGCGAAUGUUGACAAUGACGAACCCUGACACUUCCGUGGAAGUGAACCAGUGGGUCCAAGUCCGUAAGGGAAUCUACAGAGGCGACAUUGGCCUCGUUGUUAAAGUAGAAAGUUGGGGAGUAGAAGUGCUCCUGGUUCCCCAUCUGGCGGUACUCAUUAUGGAGCCUUCAUUGAAGCGAAAACGAUCUGUUGUUCCCCCCAAACCAGCUUUAUUUGAACCCAAUGUCAUCAAGUAUCUCUACGAUAUCAAUCCCAUCCAAAAAUCUGACGGAUUGUACACCUUCCAUGGACUUCAUUUCAAACACAGACUCCUACAGAAACAUUACGACUUUCACUCGCUCGCCUCUACUGCUGUCGACAUGCCAUCUUACUUCUUCCUUCUGUUCAAAGCCAGCGACCACCCCAGCCUUCACACAUCCAGAUUUCCUCGCCCUCGAGAAUGGAUCUUCGAACAAGGCGAACGUGUUAUCAUCUGUUCUUCAGGCAAAAGCGGCGUAGUGGCUGUCAUCGGAACUAACAACUUGGAAGUCGAUCUCGGAGCAGAAAACGGUAAAGAAAUUUUUCCCUGGAGUGAUAUCCAGAAGGAUGUUCGCAUCGGGGAUUUCAUUACCAUUACAAGUGGACGACUCCAUGGCACAACAGGGUGGGUCGACAAGGUUGAUGAAGAUGUCAUCCAUGUCAUAGAGAAGCAUGUUGACGACCACAACACAGACACCGAUCUCAGCAGUUCCCUCAAGGAAUUCGAAGUCCAUUGGAAUUGGCUGAAAGUUACCACUGCCCCAUUCCUCUAUGCAUCACGCGCACCCAGCCAAGUCCUCCCACUUUUCAAAGACCAAGUGCCAUGGAUCGGCACCUCUGUCACUAUAUUCAGAAUUGGUCAUCCUUACAAGGGACGUUCUGGCGUCAUCAAAAAUGUUCUCCGCGGCCAACCGACGGAUAGCGGGCUGAGAAUCAAGAUGCAACUCACCUACCUGGAUCCCUCAAAGCCUUUCCCACUCAUCGUUGUCGACUAUGGCAAUGUCAUUGAAACAAUCACCGCUACAGCUGUUCAACUACGCCAAACCCACAAGCAUGCUCUUCAAGCCAAAUGA